UGGCUCGCAGCAACCACCAUGGACGAACUCGUUCUGACAUAUCAACUAUUACACUGCUACUAACAUUCCUGCUAGUUCAUCUACAUACACGUGAAUUCAUUCUUUUUUUCUAAGUUUUAUAAAAACAUUAAUUAUUUAAUACCAAUAACUGGUGGAGUGGAUUGGGAAUAUAAUUUGGAUUUGACACGUAAACAGGGAGAUUUGGAAGAAAGAAGAACGAAUGGAGUUUGAAUACGGAGGUCGAAGAAAUAAUUGGAGUAAAUGAUUUUAUAAUAAUUGUUGGUUGAAUUCGUUUUAUCAUCUAGUCAAUGAAAUUACGGAAUUGAUAUAUAAUUUUAUUUACUCGAGUCAUACGAUAGAUGUUAAUUUAUUCAGCCAGUCAUUUUAAUGUUAAUUCGUAUCGAGACGUCAAUUAAUAGUUACAUGUUAGUCAAUAUUAAAUUAAUUUAAUUAUAUCUGUUAUGAUUAGUUUUACUGUAAUACUAAAUUUUUUAUUUGUAAAGCGGCUUUGUUCAAUAAUUAAAUUGCCACAUCAGUCCAGUAGUAAUAAAUUAAUUACUUAUUUUGUUUACUCAUCGAUUGUCGCCUCAUAAGUAAUUAUUGAAGAAUUAUCUCUAUCUAUUUUUUUUCAAGUUUAUUGUGUGGUUCAGUACGGAGUAACCCCUCGUCUUGAGUUAAUGAGUUUAGCUGGACAAUAUAAGUGAAGAUAUCUUCAACUUCUCUAUAUAUGAGUCAAUAAUAUAACGAUGGCUUAUGAAUUAUAUCGAGAAAUGCGUGACAAAGUAAAGACCGGACUCAUGAGCGUCAAUCAGAGAAUAUCAUUGCGACCAGAUAAUCCACGGCUUACAACUUUACUAUGGGCCAUAGAAUAUAAUGACAAUGAAUUUAUUGAGUAUUUAUUAAAUCACAAAGAUAUUAAAGUAAAUCUUCAUACCGAAGGCUAUGGCACAGCUCUUCACUAUGCUAUUGAUCUGGUUAACGAUGAUGUCGUUUGUAAAUUAGUCAAUGCUGGUGCGAAUGUUAAUUUAAAAUCUAGAUGCCGUUUUGAUGAUAUUUAUCCUUUGGACAUGGCUGUUGAAAGAAAUCAAUAUCGGAUUGCUCAAUUUCUCAUAAAUCAUGGUGCAACUGUUAAUAAUUCAUCCAGUUUCAUAUCAAGACUAUUGUCUAUUCCUGUAAGACAUGAUAAUGAAAAUCUGGUAAAAUUGUUGAUUGAAAAUUGUCCUGAUGUCAAUGAAAGAAGUGAAUAUUAUGAAUCAUUGCUUAUCAAUGCUAUACGUUGUCAAAGUAAUAAAGUUUUUAGGUAUCUUUUGGAAAGAGAUAUUGAUCCUAAUUCGAGUGAUAAUGUCGCUAAAAUUACACUUUUGCAUAUUGCGGCUGAUAAUAAAAAUGCAGAAGCUGUUGAAUUAUUAUUAAAUCAUGAUGACAUAGAUGUUAACAGAUUAACAGCUAAUAGAAAUUCUGUAAUCGAUUAUGCUUUUUUAAAAGAUAAUUUUGUUAUUUGUAAGAGUUUGCUGCGUGCUGGUAUUGAUUUUAAUAAAGUUAAGGAUCAUUAUUUUGAUGAUACCCGUAAUAACUACCUCGUUAUUUCAUUAAUAAGACAGCAUAUUGUGAAGAUGAAUGCAGCUAAAAUGUAUAAUAUGACUGAAAAAUUAAAUAAUGUUUUAAAUACUAAUGAAUAUGCAAACGAUUUUAGUAAAAAAUGUUAUGAUGAAGUUAAAUUCUUAAAAAUAUGUAAAGUAUCGAAUUCUAGUAUGAGUUUUUACACAAUUUUGCAAGGAAGUGUUCAUAGAAUUGCAAACUUUUUAAUUUAUGCCGACAUUGAUGAUAAUGACAUUAUUUUUGAUGAUCAACUUUUAAUACAACAAUUUCCUUUGUAUGGUGAAAUGAUUUCUUUUAAAUUACACAAAUCAAGACGGCGGAAAAAUUUAUUAAAAAAUUUGUAUUAUUGUAUUUUUGAUAUAUUUAAGAAUAAACUUCCUGAUCUUGUUGUAGAUAAUAUUAUGCGAUACUUCAGUAAUAGAGAAUUAAGACAUUUGAAUGAAAAAUAUGAACAUUCUACUAAAUAAAACUUUAAUAGUUUUAAAUAUAUAAUAUAAGAAAAUACUUGUAAAAUGUAUCAUGAUAAAAUCAUUGAUUAUGU